UUUUGUCCUGCUUCGUUUUCUUGCUGUAAGAUAUCCAAAACAGGGAGGGGGAAGACUUCCAGAGUCAACCUGCAUAGUGUUCCAGUGAAGGGUGGGACAAGAAGACAUUCUGGUUCCUUGCAGAAGACCAGGAGAUUUGACUUACUUUGCAAUGAUGCCUGUAGUGUCUAUUGCUCUCCUCUAUUUGUGGGCAGAGAUGGGGGUCUCCUCAGCUCCUUGUGAAACUGUCAGAAUCCCCAUGUGCAGGGACAUGCCUUGGAAUAUCACCAGAAUGCCCAAUCACCUGCACCACAGCACCCAGGAGAAUGCCAUCCUAGCUAUUGAACAGUAUCAAGAGCUGGUGGAUAUCAACUGCAGUCCCAUGCUGAGUUUUUUUCUGUGCUCAAUGUAUGCCCCCAUCUGCACCUUGGAGUUCUUGCAUGACCCGAUCAAGCCUUGCAAAUCUGUGUGCCAGAAAGCCAAGGAUGGCUGUGAGCCCAUUAUGAGAAGAUACAACCACAGCUGGCCAGAAAACUUGGCUUGUGAUGAUCUGCCAAUCUAUGACCGUGGGGUUUGUAUAUCUCCUGAUGCAAUAGUCACAGAUAUUCCUGAAGAUAUAAAGUGGAUGGAGUUUACACAAGAUGUCAUAGUCCCAGAAAGACCACGAAUGAAUCACUGCAAAAGUUUAAACACGGAUCGAUGCAAAUGCAAAGCCAUUAAACCUACAUUAACAAUGUACCUGACCAAAAACUACAGCUACGUAAUCCAUGCAAAAGUAAGAAGUGUCACCAGAAGCAAUUGCAAUGAAAUAACUACAAUCGUGGAAGUAAAAGAGACACUCAAAUCUUCAGCAAUGAUCCCAAGGUCACAAGUCCCACUUAUCACCAACUCAUCUUGUCAGUGUCCCCAGUUAUCACCCAACCAGGAUGUUCUUAUCAUGUGUUACCAGUGGCGCUCACGAAUGAUGCUUCUUGAUGGCUGUUUGGUUGAAAAAUGGAAAGACCAGCUAAACAAAAGAUUCAAGAGAUGGGAGCAGACACUACAAGAGCAACAAGUGAGAACAGCACACGAGAAGAACAAGAAUACAAGUCGCACUGGACGCAGUGGAUCACCAAAACCAAGCUCAAAAAAGGCAAACCCCGCUCCAGCAAAUCCGAAAAAGAACAUCAAAGUCAAGAAGGACCAAAAGGACAAACGGGCAUGAGCAGUGGUUAAUCCCGUGUGAAAGACAUUAAUAUUGCAUGAUGAGGGUCACUAGCUGGCUUCAGUGGCAGAUCAUAUUAUAACCAAAAUUAACAUCUGGAAACUCUCCUGCAGUAUCCUGCAUUGACAUUUUAUUUACUGCACUUUAUUUUGCAAUGUUUGCUUUUUUAUACUUUUGACCACCACAAACCAUAUAGGGUUUGUACUAGAAAUCUGGCAGGCCUUUUAGGUUGAGUGAAUGAGUUGUGUAUACCAGAUGUGAAUGUAUCAGGGUAUGUCCAUUUGUAAGGUUUUGUAUGUCUGUUGGACAUUUGAGUAUAUAUCAUUAGUCUUUAAUAUGUUGUGUUAUAGCACACGAUACAGUUUUAUCAUUAUUUACAUCAGACUGGAUUCUGUUGUUCAAUUGUAUUUAACUAGUGACAAUAACCAGUCUUUGACUAGGUUUUGUGGUGUGUAUGCAUGUAAGAGUUUAUAGUUGCUGGAGCUGCUGUGAGGAAUGUUUAGCAAACUGUGGUCUGAUGGAAACGUAAGGGCAGUUUUAUAAAAAUGUUACUAAUAAAAAGGUGGGGCAAAGUUCUAUAGGUUUAGCACACGAUGAAAACAGAAGAAGGUUUCUCCUGGUUUGAUUGACUUCUAUGGUGAUUGCUUCACUGAACAUUACUCUACUUUUCUUGUUGUGAUAUUUAUAUAAUCCCCUUAUUCAUGUACGCCUCAGAUGUGGCAGGCCUUUGGUUGUUCAACUUGCGCAGGAUUCUGAAGAGGAUACCAAGCCUGUGGUACUGGUUGAGUUGAUCACCAUCCAAUACUAGCUAGUAGGUGAAUGAAUCAUCACACACUGAGCUAUGUGAUGUGUGAAUGGUACACCCAUAGCAAACAACUCUUAUUAUGUAUUGUGACUCAUACACUCACUAGCACCAAAGUUCUGAUACGCCCUUUGGAAUUACACCAGCACUCAUUAAUUCAAUGGAAGAGUAGAACUCUGCACAAGUGGGGAUUGCUACACUGGCCCCCCAAAAUAUUUAAUACAAUUGCUCAAUGCAUAGGGUCAGCUAUGGCUGUAGAUCAAGGGUUGUCAAAUCAGCUUUUCUACUGUAGUUUAUUUUUACUUAAAGGAUAACUAUAAGGUCACGAACACAAACUUGUAUUCCUGACCCUAUAGUGUUAAAACCACCAUCUAGCCCCCCUGGACCCCUCAUGCCUCCAUAAAUAUAGCAACAUCUUACUGUAUUCAAGCCAGACGCUGUAGAUCUGCAUGCUGUUUGCCUAAAAAAAAAAAACAUGCAGUCUGCUGACAUCAUCAAAAAAAAUCCCCACAGGAUUGGCUGAGACUGACAAAGAGGCAGAUCAGGGGCAGAGCCAGCAUGAUUCAAACACAGCCCUGGCCAAUCAGCAUCCUCAUAGAGAUGAAUUGAAUUAAUGAAUCUCUAUGAGGAAAGUUCAGUGUCUGCAUGCAGAGGGAGGAGACACUGAAUGUUUGGAUGCAUUUUAGGCAGCCAUAACCCAGGAAUGAUCUCUAACAGCUAUCUGAGGAGUGGCCAGUGAAGUUAUCUCUAGGCUGUAAUGUAAACACUGCAUUUUCUCUGAAAAGACAGCGCAGCAAAAAGCCUGAAGGUAAUGAUUCUACACACCAGAACAAAUUCAAUAAGCUGUAGUUGUUCUGGUGACUAUAGUGUCCCUUUAAUUAAUUUAGAGCUGGCUAGGUUAUCCUUCUCAUAUAUAAUAUUAAUAAAACAUUGCAGUACAAUAACUCUUAGAGCCAUUUCAGUUAAUACAGUGAGUGCUCACAACAGUUAAGGGGAUCUCAACACGGAGGCUUAGAUGAUGAUAACACCUAUGUAGUGAACUCUUAUUUAUCCACAGGAUACCUUCUAAAUCCCAUCUGUAGAUAAUUUGGUAUAUUUACUCCCAAGUCUAUGUUCCUUCUUGUGUAAUACAACUUCUCAGAACUUCUUCAUGUGAGGGGUGAUUCUUUAAUUUUCACAGGUAGAUGUAAAAGAAUGAACCAAUACUAAGAAACUCUUACCGUUUACAGCCAUAACUCAAUGUAAAAGUGAUUUUUGUUAAAUGUAGAAAACAAAUUUAAUAAAAUCCAUAUUUUGUG